AUGAAAAUUAAAAAAAAUUCUGGUACUCUGGAUGGAUUUUUUCUGCUUGGCUUCUCUGGUCAUCCUUUACUGGAGAUGACCCUUUUUGUGAUCAUUGUGAUUUUCUACUUGCUGACCCUGCUUGGCAAUAUGACCAUAAUUAUUUUGGCUUGUCUGGAUUCCAGACUCCACACCCCUAUGUACUUUUUCCUUAGUCACUUGUCUUUCAUGGACCUCUGCUACACUACAAGUACAGUGCCCCAGCUGUUGUUUAACUUGAGGGGCCCAGAGAAGAAGAUCACUUAUGGUGGUUGUGUUGGGCAACUCUAUGUAGCCUUGUCAAUGGGCUCUACGGAGUGCAUCCUUCUUGCAGUUAUGGCUGUUGACCGCUAUGCUGCUGUGUGCCGGCCUCUGCACUAUGCCAUUAUCAUGCAUCCGCGCUUUUGUUUGCAACUGGUGGCCAUGACUUGGCUGACUGGUUUGGUCAGUUCAUUGGUGCAAACUGUGCUUAUCAUUCAGGUACCCUUGUGUGGACGGAACAUCAUAGACCAUGUCUUCUGUGAAGUGCCAGUUCUCCUCAAACUCUCCUGUGUGGAUACAACUGCCAAUCAGAUGGAGCUUUUCUUGGUUAGUGCAGUUUUACUCCUGGUACCCCUCUCUCUUAUUCUUAUUUCCUAUGGCUUCAUUGCACAAGCGGUGUGCAAGAUCAGGGCAUCUGAAGGACGCCAAAAAGCUCUGGGGACUUGCUCUUCCCACUUAGUUGUGGUAUUCCUUUUCUACGGCACUGCUAUUGCUAUGUAUCUGAAGCCUCAUUCUACCACCUCCCAGGACCAGGACAAGUUCAUGGCCUUAUUCUAUGGAGUUGUCACGCCAACUCUAAAUCCUUUCAUCUACACUUUACGAAAUAAAGAUAUGAAAGGAGCCCUGAGAAAGAUGAUGGGGAAAGAGUAA